UGGAGAUCGUGAGGGAGCCAAGUUUGUUCAGUUUGGAAAGAUGUGCGGUGUAUAUAAAGGACGACAGUAUCGCGACCAUACAUCUUAGGAGACAUCCCCUACGGCUCUCUCAUCUCUGCGCCAGGGCCAUUGCCAUUCUUCACUAUGCUGCCCCGUCUUCAAUCCCUCUCCCUAGCUCUCCUCUCCCUCGCCACAGGCAUCCACUCCCACGAAGCCCUCUCCUCCCUCAACGUCCGCAACCUCGAGGACAUCCGCAGCCACAUCACUCUCCCAUCCACCUCAAACGGGCACUCCAUCACCUGGCGCAGUAGCGAUCCCUCCAUCAUCAGCCACGAUGGUCUCGUGAAGCGCCAACCCACUACCUCCGACGUCCUCCUCGUCGCGUCCCUCGAAGUAGACGGCCAAUUGCACGAGCGCGAGUUCAACGCUUCUGUUCGUCAGGCCGUUCAGCAAGAUCCGUAUGAAGCAUAUGCGUUUUCGUACUUUACGGGUAAUUCGAAGCAGGGGGAGAAUAUUUAUUUUGCGGCUAGUAAAGGGAACAAUGCAUUGGAUUGGCAGGAGCUUAAUGGCGGACAGCCUGUUAUUACGUCGAAGCUUGGAACCAAGGGGUUGAGAGAUCCUUUUGUUAUUCGAUCUGUUGAAGGUGACAAGUUUUUCAUGAUUGCGACAGAUUUGUCUAUUGGCAGCGGAACUUCAUGGGGCGAUGCAGUCCGUAAGGGAAGUUUGUACCUUGAGAUCUGGGAGUCGGAUGAUCUUGUCACAUGGUCUGAGCAGCGACACGUCAAGGUUUCUCCCGACAACGCCGGGAAUACCUGGGCGCCUGAGGCGUUCUGGGACGAUGAGAAGAACUCAUACGUUGUCUUCUGGGCAUCAUCGCUGUACAACACAGCUGAUCACUCAGACAACUCUUAUCACCGCAUGCUCUACUCGCUCACCCGCGACUUCGUCACUUUCUCCAAGGCUGAGAUCUGGCAGGACAGCAAGACCUCCCGGAUUGACACCACAGUUCUUAAGUCUGGUAAUUCAUUCUACCGCUUUACAAAGGACGAGGCAUCAGCCAGCGGCUGCACAGACAUCAUCCAAGAGAAGUCCUCCAACCUUCUCGCCCCCGUCGACGGAUGGACCGUUCAAGCUACUUGCAUUGGCAAAAACGCUGGUCUUCAAGCUGUUGAGGGUCCUACUGCUUUCAAGGGUAACGCUGGUGAUGCCAAUGGCGAGAAGUUUUAUCUUUUUGUGGAUGAGUAUGGUGGUAAGGGUUAUGUGCCUCUUGAGACUAGCAAUUUGGAUAAGCCGAGCUGGAAGGUCUCAGCGAGCUAUAAACUCCCUACGAGCCCGAGGCAUGGAACGGUUAUUCCUAUUACCAAGAAGGAGCAUGAGAAGCUGCUGAGUGCUUUUGGUGCUUGAUUAGAUGAUAGCUGAGAGGGAAUGACAAGAUAGAUAGGCAAUCCAUACUAUUUUCAAUUGUA